AUGCCUCCGGCAGAGGAGACAGAUCAUUUCGACGUUAUCAUUGUAGGCGCAGCGCAGCGUCUGCUUCAAGCGCAUCCAGAGACACGGCUCGCCAUCCUGGAGCGCGACUACUGCGUGGGAGGGGUAUGGAGUGAGCGACGAAUCUAUCCCAGCUUUUGGACGCAAUGGACACAUGGCAUUGCCGAGUUCUCUGAUAUGCCUAUGGAGCGGCCACCACCCGAAGAUUGCAUACACGACUUGUUCCGUGCCAAGUAUACUACAAAGUACCUUGAAGACUAUGUCGACAACAUGAGUCACGGUGGGCAGACGUUACGAGAUAGGAUACACUUCAACAUUCACGUUCAGUCUAUCAGGAAGAUCAACCACAAAUGGCAACUCCUGUGCGUCGACAUGACCAGCAAGUCACAGCAACCAAUGUUCUCUUCGAGGCUCAUGAUGGCAAAUGGCCAAUCUUCGCUCCCUAAUGUGCCUAGUUUUCCUGGCGAGGAGUAUUUCCACGGGAAAAUAAUACACUCAAUCGACUUUGGCCAAUCUGACAUCGCCCAGGACAAGUCGAUCCAGCACAUUGCCGUAAUUGGUGCAGGCAAGUCGGCCGCCGAUAUGGUGUAUGAGGCCGUCAAGGCGGGCAAAACUGUAUCAUGGAUUAUCCGCAAAACCGGGAACGGCUCGCUCGGAGCUGCAGCCUUUGCACCUAUCGACUUGCCUACGCUAUAUAGAAACGGGGUUGAAGCCUCACAGGCAAGGAUCAUGGCAUCGCUACAGCCGUGCUACCUGAUUCCCUACCGAUCCUGGUGGACAUGGCUUCUUCAUAGCACCCAUCUGGGUGCAAAGCUCGUGGGUAAGAUCUUUUCAAUCCUGGAUAACUCGAUUCGUAAGUAUGCUGGGUAUCGGGAGAGGAAGAGUGACAAAGGCUUUGAAAAACUGGAAUACGACAAUGAUAUAAUCUGGCAGAAUGGAACCGCAGGAGGCUGCCACUUCGCAGAUUUCUGGCCUCUCGUCGCGGAUCAGGUUUAUGUUCAUCGGGCCGACGUAAAGCUUUUGAACGGAAAUGAGCUGUAUCUCAACGACGAGAACGGCACCCAUUUCCCUUGUGACGCUAUUCUGUGCGGGACUGGCUGGAAACGCGGGCUUGACAUGUUCGAAAACAGCACGCUCAUGGAGCUAGGAUUGCCAUACCCCAAAAAUAUCGAGCCACAGGAGGAGGCUGCUAAAUGGGAGAAGCUCGUCAAUAAGGCAGAUGAACAAGUCCUCAGACGGUUUGUCAUGCUCAGAAACCCACCAAAGCACUACCAUAAGCACGAAACACGCACGCCGUAUCGACUAUAUCACACAAUGGCCCCUGUACACGACGACUCUAUCCUCUUCAUGAAUCAUGUAGUCGCGGGAGCAAAACUGUUUGCUGCCGAGGCCCAGGCGAUCUGGGCAGUGGCUUACUGGGACAAGGCGUUUACGCUUCCCUCUGUAGCCGAGAGGGAAGAUGACAUUGCACACAUGGUUGCGUGGAACAAGCGGCGCUAUCUGUCGAACGGCGAGCUUGGGCAUUUCGCUGCUUUUGACAGCGUUCCGUACGUCGAUAGGCUCUUGGACGAAAUCGGCGUUACAUCGCAUCGAAAGAAGGGCUGGCUGGGAAACAUGUUCGCUCCGAUCAUGCCUGCUGACCUAGGCAAGGUGUGGCAGGAGUAUCUCGCACGACGAACGAAGCAGUAG